AUGGAGAAUAAUCAAAAGGAGGAGGAGGAGGAGGUGCAAGUUGGGGAGGAGAAAGAUGAGGUGGGGCCCAUGGGUGGGAAGGAGAAGGAGGACGAAGAAGAAGAAGAGGAGGAUCAAGGAGAAGUUGGUUCGAGCUUGACAAUGGAGAGGGUUGCUGUAGCCAAAAAAUUCAUUGAGAACCAUUACAGGGCUCAAAUGAAACUCAUCCAAGAUCGCAAAGAGAGGCGUUCAGUGCUACAAAAGAAGUUAGAGUCUUCUCACGUACCAGAAGAGGAACAGAUCAAUCUACUGAAGGAUUUAGAGCGCAAGGAGACCGAGUAUAUACGAUUAAAAAGACAUAAAAUAUGCGUUGAUGAUUUUGACCUUCUAGCCAUUAUUGGCAGGGGAGCCUUUGGGGAGGUAAGACUUUGUCGGGAGAAGAAAUCAGGUAAUAUAUAUGCCAUGAAAAAGUUGAAAAAGUCUGAAAUGCUUAGCAGGGGACAGGUUGAGCAUGUUAGAGCUGAAAGGAACCUACUUGCAGAAGUUGCCAGUGACUGCAUUGUGAAACUCUAUUACUCGUUUCAGGAUGCUGAACAUUUAUAUCUGAUAAUGGAAUAUUUACCUGGUGGUGAUAUAAUGACAUUGUUGAUGAGGGAAGAAACUUUGACUGAAACUGUGGCUAGAUUUUACAUUGCCCAGAGUGUUUUGGCUAUAGAGUCUAUUCAUAAACACAACUACAUCCAUCGAGAUAUAAAACCUGACAACCUUCUAUUGGACAAAAAUGGUCAUAUGAAGCUCUCUGAUUUUGGUCUUUGCAAGCCACUUGACUGCUCAAAUUUAUCGUCUAUAAAUGAAAAUGAAAUCCUUGAUGAUGAGAACAUGAAUGAUACCAUGGAUGUAGAUGGAGCUUUCCGAAAUAGCAGAAACGGUAGGCGCUGGAAAAGUCCCCUUGAACAACUUCAACAUUGGCAAAUGAACCGGAGGAAGUUGGCAUUUUCCACUGUUGGAACUCCAGAUUAUAUUGCUCCGGAAGUGUUACUGAAAAAGGGUUACGGUGUGGAGUGUGACUGGUGGUCUCUUGGUGCUAUAAUGUAUGAGAUGCUUGUUGGUUACCCCCCAUUUUACUCUGAUGAGCCCGUAACAACUUGCAGAAAGAUUGUGCAUUGGAAAAAUCACUUAAAAUUUCCGGAUGAGGCAAGAUUGACGCCUGAAGCAAAGGAUCUUAUAUGUGGUUUGCUUUGUGGUGCUCAACAUAGGCUCGGUACUGGAGGAGCAGAUGAAAUUAAAGCUCAUCCUUGGUUCAAAGAUGUCGUAUGGGAUAAGCUCUAUGAAAUGGAGGCAGCAUUUAAACCACAAGUCAAUGGGGAGCUUGACACUCAGAAUUUUAUGAAAUUUGAUGAGGUUGAUCAACCAAAACCAGCUAGAACUGGAUCCGGACCAAUCAGAAAGACGCUCUUAACUCCUCAAGAUCUCAGUUUCGUUGGCUAUACAUAUAAGAAUUUUGCUGCUGUCAAGGGGAUGAAUCUUUCUACUGAAAACGGGAAGUUGUUACCAUCACGGUCAAUUGACUCCUCAAUCAGUAAUGGACCUAUCUUUGAUUACUACUCAUCAAUAUGUUUUGUUCAACUGUUCUAACAUACCCAUAUUUUGUUCUAGGUGAUUCUGUAAUUGACUACUCAACCUGAUUUUCAAUGAACAGCACCAAAGCAUAGAUAUUGCACCCUAUGGGAACACCCGACUUUUUUUUUUCCAUGAAUAGACCUUCUUGUGUAACUAAUAGAUGGAACCUUCUGUGAUGAUGAUUGGGAAGCCUGCUUAUUUUUCAACCGGGUUUGCCUUAUUUCAAUCCAAACAGCCACUUAUCAUGCAGAAACUUAGUGUACAGGGAUAUCUUGGUACCUUGAGGAUUGGUUCACUGGUAAAGUUUUGAAGCCAAAUUAGAUAUUUUUGUAAACUUGUCACUGGGUUAUGACCACUAGUUCCCAGGUUGGCAAAGAAGAAACAUAUUUCAUAACUUAUGGCAAUUCCUAACCCCUUUCUCUCAAUUCACUAGUUUAGCAAAGUUCUUGACUCACCCUUAUGGUGCCUUAACUUGAAACCCCUAUGGUUACUUCAACAUAACAGCAAAUAACCUUUUGCUACCUUCAAUUUAU